CGUUCAGAAAUUGAAACCAAGAAGAGAAUCAUUUUUACAUCCGUGCUGCAGAGCUGACCCUCUAGGAAAUACUUAAGAGCGAUGGACGAGAUCUAUAUGAAUGUCAAACCAGUACCUUCAAAAAAUCAGACGGUUCCCAGGAGCUCAGAGAGGAGAUCUCACGGAGUGGUCGUUCUCUGUCUGGGACUGCUCAGCGUUCUCCUGCUGGCUGGACUCAUCAGUCUUGGCGUCCACUACCAUGUCUCCGCUCAGCGUUCAGCUGCAGAACUUUCCUCUAUCAAAGCCAACUUGAUGGAGCGUCUUCAGGCCAGUGACAACAAGUCCUCUUCCCUGACUGCAGAGAGAGACUGGCUGAAUGCCAGCCUCGUUAAAAUGACCGAAGAGCUGAACAGGCUGAGAGGAAGGCCUACUUGUCCUACAGGAUGGAGGAUGUUCAAGUGUGUCUGUUAUCUCCUCUCUAAUGAGACUGGUUCCUGGGAAAAGGGCAAAGAGGACUGUGGCGUCAGAGGAGCAGGUCUGGUGGUAAUAAGCAGUACUGCAGAACAGAUGUUCCUCUCUAACUUCACCAGGGAAGAAACUCAUGCUUGGAUUGGUUUGACUGACAAAGACAAGGAGGGGACCUGGAAAUGGAUUGAUGGAGGUCCACUGACUGAUCCACUGAAGUACUGGCGUGAACCACAGCCUGAUAAUGGUGGUGGAUACAAAACACUCGGGGAAGAGGACUGUGCCCAUAUCAUAAUUGGAAAGAGUGAUUUGCACAACUGGAAUGAUUUGUCCUGUAAUACCCUUUUAAGAUGGAUCUGUAUGAAGAGGCUUUAGCACUGGUAAACAAUUUGUUGUGUUUGUAAAUGACCAAAGGCAUCAGGAAAGUCCUUUACCUACAAACCAGUUUCUAAUGAUAUAUAAAAAUCAUUUGGAAUUAUA